AUGGAUUUGUCUCUGGAAUUGUUAGAAUUAAUUUUCCAAAGGCUAUGUUUGGAUGAUGUCAUGAAUUGUCGUGCCACAUGUCGCUCUUGGCGAAAGGCCGCUGAUGCCAUAUUUUCAUCUCAACUUCCGUUGAUGCUCUCUCUUUCAACAACGCGCUGUGGAAGCUUUGGAACCUUAUCCGCCCCAUGGAGCAACUAUGAUUCCACUGUGUUCACUGAAAAAUGGCCGCGAGAAAUCGGCAAUAGCUAUAAUAGGGUUUACUCGGUGCAAGGUUGGUUGGUGUUCAAUUCAUUUCAUUAUGAGUCGGUCAAGGGUCAAACUUUCUCUGAGCUUUUAUUCUUCAACCCGUUUUCUCGAACCAGAUUCAAGCUUCCAAAACUGUUCUUGUUUUCUGGAGGGCCGUAUUAUUAUUAUCAACUUCGUGUUGCAUUCAAUUCGGCACCACCGGGGUCUGAGGAGUUCGUUGUUGCUUUAUUGUGUGUGGUUAGCUAUCAAGAAAAUAAGAAGCAAAGGCUAGCUUUUAUCAAAUUGAAGCAAGGAUCAUGGAUUGAAUCCAUUGAAACCGAUGAAAUCUUUUAUGAUAUUCAAGUUGAUGACGAUAAUAAACUGUAUGGUAUUACCUUCAAACAUGAAACAAGCGUUGUGUUCGUGUUUACCCUCGGAGAUAAUCAUCGUGAUAAUCAUGUCGUUGAACGAUUGGUUAUGCUAAAUACCAUACAAGAUAUAGAUCCUGUUGGCAGAUUUAUUUUUUCUCAUGCAUCCUUCAAACAAAGUCAUCAGAUGGUAAUGGACACUAGCACUGGGGAGCUGUUGCUAGUUCGUCGUUGGGGAGGUUACGGCACUGAAGGGUUUAGUGUUUUUAAGUUGGACAGAAGCAAUCUUAAAUUGUGUGAGGUUUUUGAUAUUGGUGAUCGUUUCUUGUUCUGGGAUUUCACCAAGGUGAGUCUUGUGUCUGCUAAGAGACUCAGACUUGCAGAACGGUUUAAGAGAGGCAACUGCAUAUUUUUCUGCCAUGCAAAUAAUAGCUACCAGCUGUCGCCAUUUCAAUUUAGUGAUAGAUUUAGGGUACAUGAUAUGGGAGUCUUCUUCUUGGCUGAUAGAACCAUUAGCCAUUUUUCAAUUAAUUCUUCUUUACCGUUUUCACAUCACCACAUGUGGUUCAGUCCUGCUCCUUAA